UAUUAUUUAUUACCGAAACGAGAAGCUUGAGUUUUUUGUACAAGGCACAAGAAAGUGAAUAAACGACGUCGUUUUUAUUGCAACAGUGUAUUCUCUCUCAGAAUUGCGAUGGCGAACGAGAACGAACCCGCGAAGCUGUUGUUACCAUACCUUCAACGCGCCGAUGAAUUGCAGAAACACGAACCUCUCGUUUCUUAUUACUGUCGAUUAUACGCGAUGGAACGUGGCUUGAAGAUUCCGCAAUCUGAACGCACCAAGACCACUAACGCUCUUCUUGUUUCCCUCAUGAAACAGCUCGAAAAGGAUAAAAAGUCAGUCCAGUUGGGGCUUGAAGAUAAUUUGUAUCUUGAGGGAUUUGCUUUGAAUGUGUUUGGAAAAGCAGACAAGCAAGAUCGUGCUGGAAGAGCAGAUUUGAACACGGCAAAAACAUUUUACGCUGCUACCAUCUUUUUUGAAAUUCUCAAUCAAUUUGGACCAGUUCAGCCUGAUCUGGAGCAGAAACAGAAAUAUGCAGCAUGGAAAGCAGCUGAUAUAAGAAAGGCUUUGAAAGAAGGAAGGAAGCCCAUGGCUGGCCCUCCUGCUGGUGACGAGGACCUGUCAGUUCCAGCGAGUUCUCCUAGCAAUAGAUAUGAUAUUGGGACUACUGAAACUUCUGCUUCCAAUGCUGAAUCAGAUUCUGAUUCAACACAUAGUUAUCAUAACCCUGUCAACUACCAGAAUAUGCCAAGCAUUCAUCCUGCACCUAAAUUCCAUGAUACUACUGUUAAUGAUACUCAAUCUUAUACACCUGGAGUUUAUCCUUCCCAAGACUUCCAUCCUUCUCCAUCUUCCCAGGAUUAUCAUCAUCCACCACCUUCCCAGGAUUACCACCAUCCUCCACCUUCCCAGGAUUACCAUCCUCCUCCACCUUCCCACGAUUAUCAUCCUCCUCCACCUUCCCACGAUUAUCCUCCUCCACCACCUUCCCACGAUUACCAUCCUCCACCUCCUUCCCAAGAUUACCAUCAUCCUCCACCUGCCAGAUCAGAAAGUUCCUAUUCUGAGCUCUACAACCACCAGCAAUACACACCAGAUCAGUCACAGAAUUUAGGUCCAAAUUACCCUUCUCAUGAAACUCCCCCUUCUUACUCUCUUCCCCAUUUUCAAUCUUAUCCAAGUUUUUCAGAAAGCAGCCUACCAUCAGUACCAGUAAACCAUACUUAUUAUCAAGGAUCUGAUGCUUCAUAUUCUUCCCAGUCGGCUCCUCUGACUACAAACCAUUCAUCAAGUGUGCAACAAAGUUCCAGCAGCAGAAAUGGAACUGUCUUGGAACCCAAGCCAACUACUAAGACAUACCAGUACGACAGUAGCUACCAGCCAGCACCUGAAAAAAUAGCAGAGGCACACAAGGCUGCAAGAUUUGCUGUUGGGGCGCUGGCAUUCGAUGACGUCUCAAUUGCAGUAGACUACUUGAAGAAAUCACUUGAGUUGCUAACAAAUCCAUCGGUUGGCCAGUAAGAUUUUAUGUAAAAAACUGGUGCUUGUAUACAUAGUAUCUUGUUUUGUAAUAUAUUUUAUUCAUUGUGCAUUAAAGCGUGAAGAAAUCCAGUAAACAUGACUUGAAUGAAAAUCGUGAAAUCUGCCCUGUGGAGUGUCUAUUUCUCGCUAAUAAUGAAGUGUUUUUGAGUUUGGUUUCUU